AUGGACGCAGAAGAUAAGAUAUUAACAAGUAAAUUCAGUGAUAUUAAAGUAUCAGAUUUAAAGAAUUAUUUUAAUGACAUGUUCACUUUAAGAGACCUUUGUGAUGACUUCAUAGAAUUAUUUAAAAGGGAAGAGAAAUAUUAUUUAGACGAAGAAAGAUAUAACAUGUUAUUAGAAGAUGAAGCAAGGAUGGUUGACGAUCUUCACCAGAUAACUGAAGAAAUUAGAAAUGGUUAUGAAGAUAUAUUGUCUGCCUUUUAUAAUAGAAGGAUAGAUAGAGAAAGACAAAGAUUAACUAAAGCAUUUAAAGAGAUUGAAAAGAAACCAAAACAACCUCAAGAAAAAGAUAAUUAA